AUAGUUUCUUGUUUCUUGAGCUAAUUUUUGUCAUUUGGAUACAAUUCACAACCGAGAGAAUUCAAGAACAUAAUCGAAAUUUUCUUCAACUUUCAUAGCUAAAUUCGUAAUUCAACCAUUAAAUUCGUUGUAUAAAGCUUAAUACGAUCGUUACUUUGUGGCAUAUGAAUGUUAAAUCAUCCUGUCGUUGUCAAUCUACGGAUUUGUGCGGUGAAAUAUUCCACUUCAUCGACGAACAGUAGGAAUUGAGCAGCGCAAUAUUUGGCGCGCGGUUGCUUUACUAGAAGCAGGCUGACACAAAUCGCCAUUGCCUACCCUCAGAGCUGUUCUUCAACUUUUUAUCUUCAUCCUCUUCAUCCAUUUUCACUUUUUUUUUUCUUUUUUUGAAAAUUUCAGAUUAGGAUCUGUUCUUGUUUCUCUGUAAGUGUUUUCUCGUUAAUUCUCUCUUUCUAUCGCUGUAAUUUGUUGUUAUGGCUUCUGGGGUUUGUUUUGUUUUAGUAAUUAUGGGGUUUUUUUUAUGAAGCUUUAUUGUUAGUAUUCAGUGCAUGAACGUUUUUCAAGAAAUUUGUGUCGCUAUCAGCAUUUCUUUUUCGACAUUCUAUUUCUGGAUUUAGUUCUUACUUUUUGUUGCUUUGAUUGUGAUGAUACUUCCGGUUCGAUUUCAUUGUUCUACUCCCUUGUUUUUGCUUUUGAUUCUUAAUUAUUUAGUUUUUUUUUUUUUUUUGGGUUGUUCUUGUUUUGACAAGUUUAAAUUACGUCUUGUGAUCAGGAAAACUGAGAAGCAAAAUUUCCUGGACUUCAGGUUUUGAUUAUUAAAUUCGAGUUCUGAGAUUUGGUCCCGUUUGGAAUUUGGUGGGUUUGCGAAGGAACCCCUAUUUCAUAUAGAACGAGUUUCAGAUUUUGAGUUUUGUUUGGUGGAGGUCAGAAGAUUGAGUGACAAAGAGGAGAUAGGCAUGGAAAACUUUCUCUCAGCCAUCGUCUCGGAAGUUCAAGCGGGAGGGAACUCUCUGCUUGUCACCAUUAAGAUUGCUGUGUUACCCAUAGCCAAAGUUUUCACUAUGUGUUUUCUGGGUUUUCUUAUGGCAUCUAAAUAUGUCAACAUCUUGCCUGCAAGUGGAAGGAAGCUUUUGAAUGGGUUGGUCUUUUCGCUUUUGCUUCCAUGUUUAAUAUUCUCUCAGCUCGGGCAAGCUAUUACUCUCGAGAAAAUGCUUAAAUGGUGGUUUAUUCCGGCAAAUGUUGUUCUGGCUUCGAUAUCAGGUUCCCUAAUUGGAUUAAUUGUUGCAUCAAUUGUUCGUCCUCCAUACCCAUUCUUCAAGUUCACGAUUGUACAAAUUGGAAUUGGGAACAUUGGAAAUGUGCCUCUCGUUCUCAUUGCAGCUCUAUGUAGAGAUGAUAUGAAUCCUUUUGGUGAUGAAGAGAAGUGUAGCACUGAUGGGAUUGCUUAUAUUUCAUAUGGCCAGUGGGUUGGUGCAAUUAUCCUCUACACCUAUGUUUAUGCGAUGUUGGCACCUCCACCUGAGGGUACAUUUGACAUCAAAGAUCAAAAUAUUUCAGUUAAGAACCUUCUAAAGGAUAAUACACCUGCGCAUGUUCCCUUGCUCAUUCAGGAGGUACCUUCAACAUAUCCGGAUGCUCCUAAGAAGGAAGAGACUAAGGGCUUUCUUAUUUAUUGGUUUGACAAAUUGAAGCUCAAGCAAAUGUUUCAGCCUCCUAUUGUUGCUUCGGUCCUAGCUAUGUUAUUGGGUGCAACUCCAUUCUUAAGGCGGUUGAUUUUUACUCCUGAUGCUCCAUUGUUUUUCUUCACUGAUAGCUGCAUAAUGCUCGGGGAGGCUAUGAUUCCAUGCAUCCUGUUGGCAUUGGGAGGAAACCUCGUUGAAGGUCCUGGAAGUUCAAAACUUGGGCUACGGACUACCGCUGCUAUUAUUUUUGCACGGUUGGUUUUGGUGCCUCCUGCAGGACUUGGCAUAGUCAUGUUAGCUGACAAGCUUGGCUUCCUUCCUCCAGAUGAUAAAAUGUUCCGAUUCGUUCUUCUUCUUCAGCAUUCGAUGCCAACGUCUGUCCUCUCAAGUGCUGUGGCUACUUUGAGGGGUUGUGGUAAAGAUUCUGCUGCUAUUCUUUUCUGGGUUCAUAUAUUUUCUGUCAUCUCAAUGGCAGGGUGGUUCAUCCUCUAUUUCAGGAUACUCUUCUAAAGAAAUUGCAACCUUGUGAAUAAGUUUCAUAUUCCAAUACUUCUGCUUAUUCUUUGUUAAAUAUGUGUGUCAUUCGUUACUUGUAGAGAAGACAAGUAUCGUCUAGAAAUAGUAUUUUUUUUGUUUGAGAUGAUUGUCUAUAAUAAAGCUAAGCAAAUUAGUUGCUUCAAUACCGUGUGAACAAGAAGAGAUAUUCUAUUAAUGAAUAAUUCAUGCUUUGUAGAUCACAUGGAAAAAGACAUUAUGAAGCGAUGAAUAAAGAGAUUAUGUUAAUUGUACUUGGUA